AUGAUGCUGCAGACUACUCUCGUGCUGGUUUGCCUGCUGGGUACCAGUCUAUCUCUUCCAAUGAGGAUAGGAAUCCUUGCAAGCAACAGCAAUGAGAUCCUGAGAUUCAAUGGGCUGACUCUGGCGACCCUGGGACAAACUCAAAUGCAGGGAUCUUCCAUGCUUCCCCCCUACGUCUUCCAGCAGCAGCCAGAAUUGAUGUACACGCCCCAGGUGGUCAACCUCAACCCUCAGAUUGGGAGCCCCUUCGGCCCCCAGGGCCCCCAGUUCAUGUACCCCAACCAGGGCACCCAGCAGCAGUUUGUGUACCCUCCCAACCAGGGCAGCCAGCCGCUGAACCCAGUGUACCUCCCCAACAACCAGCAGGACCAGCUCGGGCCCCUGGCCCCCAACGCCCCCUCAGGGCCCCAACAGCCGCAGAACCCAGUGCAGAUGACCCCACAGUUCCAGUACCCUGUGUAUGGAUAUCCCCAACAACAACCGAACAUGCAGGGCUUCCCUUACUACCUGACCCCCUACGGCUACCCCCAGAGGAACCCCAUGGUGAUGCAGCCCAACCAGGGCCAGGUGAACCAGUUGAACCAGCCGAACCAACAGACCCCCCUGGACCGAACAACGCAGAAACCACAGCUCCCCCUGCAGACACGGCAGGUCAUGACUCAGAAGGAGACGUUUACGUCUCCUCCUGAAAACCGCGGCGACGCGGUCGGGCCUGGUAUCGAUGAGGGACACUCAAACUUCCCUUUCCUGUUUGAGCCAUAA